UCAGCAUCCCCUUGUCUUCCUUUCAUACUCUAUGGAUCUCCAAGAUAUCAUUAUUGCUAUGUCUGCUUUGGGAAGGAAGAGAAAGGAGAAAACACGGAUGAAAAAGUUCCUGAGGGAUCGUCAAGCGGCGCUUCGAAACAAAGCUAUGGAAUGCGAAAUGCUUAAGAGAAAGAAGCAGAGCAUGCUUGCUAAGCAAGCCGCCAACCAAAAACUGGUUGAUGAUUUCAUGCUAUUCAUUGACACAAACGGCGAUGUGAAGGAUGCUCAUAAUUUUGAUGAAAAGGCAAUGAUGAGUACUAUUCUCACCAGGAUGAACGGUGGCGGAGGUAACAUCGGCAAUAAUGGCGGAUUUGCUACUGAUGACGGUAAAAAAGAAGCAUGAAAACAAGUACUGAA